AUGGCUUACAAGAACUCCUGGACCCAAUCUAUAAAAGAUAAAGAUGCUUCUGAACUCAUUAUCCAGAUCAAGGCUAGAGAUGCCGAAAUUUCAAGAUUAAAUUCAAGGAUAAAGAAAAUGGACCUUGAUCAAAAGUCAAGAAGUUUACAAUUGGAACAGAAAUUGAAAAAAGCUAAGGAUAAAAUCAGUUCUUUCAAACAAGAAGCACAGGCGUUGGAAAAAAGCCUGAAAGAUGCAGAGGAUCAAAAUGUUCGUUUGAAUGUGGUCAAGGAACUUGACUCAACCGUGAGAGGCAGCACGGUUAAUCUUGCGCUGAAACCAUCGGAUAUUUUCAUCUGGAAGAAAAAGUUUGCUGAUUGUGAAGCUAAACUGGCCAAGCGGAAUAUACAGCUUGGCCAACUCAGUGACGAUGUCGACAAAAUCAUUUGUCGAGCAAGUCUGGCGUUAGGAAAAGCGGACACUUUGCUGAGGAAGAUGAUUCCAGAAACGCAACUGCAGGUUGAAUAUGCCAACGCCCUUGGUGAACUCAAGUGUCUGGAGGCCUACACUAAAGCAUUUAUCAGUCUCAAGCUAGAGAUAAUGAGCUAUGACUCCUCUGUAAAAUAA